AUGGAAAACGACACUCAAACUCCUAAAAAGCUUAUGUUUCUCUCUUUCCAGCAUCUAAUUGCCCUUGCUGUGGUUCUUCUACUCUUAGCCAGUGGCAUGGUUAGCCCCCAAGACAUGUUUUUCGUCCUCUUUUCCAUUGUCUACAUGUUCUUACUAUCAAAGAUUGCUUUUCCAAAGCUCCAGGCUUCACUAGAGCCAACAAUUUUCAGUCCCCAAAACAAGCUUCUUCUCAUCUAUGUUACCAUUGGAGCAAUAAUUGGCCUUCUUCUCCCUAUAGCAUACAUCUUGGAUGGAAUUUUUCAUGGAAACAAAGAAGGAAUAAAAGCAGCUGCACCCCAUCUUUUCCUACUCUCCAGCCAAGUUUUCAUGGAAGGUGUGGCCUUUUCCGGAUGGUUUUCGACUCCUAUUCGGGUUUUCGUCCCGGUUUUCUACAACUCUAGGAGGAUUUUUAGCAUCGUAGAUUGGCUGAGGAAUGAAUUUUCUAAAGUUAACGAAGGAUAUGAUGGCUCUUCUCCUAUGAGACUUUACAUUGGAAGAGGCCUUGCCAUUGCUAAUAUGGCCUUUUGGUGUUUCAAUCUUUUUGGUUUCUUAUUGCCUUUUUAUCUUCCUAAAGCCUUCAAAAGAUAUUACUCGGCUUACAAAGUUAAAGAUUAAAGAACAAAACUAUGUAAUCUAAAUGUAAUGUAAUAAUUUGUGAUGGGUAUACGUUUCAUCCCAUCACAUCAGUUUACAAGUUAAUGUUAAGAUUCAGAAUCGAGAUAAACACAAUUUGAGAUAAAA